GACAUUUCUGUUAAUGGGGCAUUUUUGACAGCUGUCAUACCUGUACCAUACACAUCAGAAGGCACCGAAGCUGAUUGGGGUUCAUUGGACCAGAUUCUGCAGUUCAAGUCCUUCAGCUGAACUGGUUUGAGUUCAGGUUUGACAUACCCACUCUUGCUCUUCUCUUCCACUACUGACUUUCAAAAAGGUUUUCUGAUCCACAUUGUGCUGCUGUAUAAGAAGUGUAGUAUCAUAAUAAGGGACCAUGUUAGACGGUGGCCAGUUUGUGGAGGCUAUGGCGCGUCUUGGUUACCCGGAUGCAUCUUCACUGAAAGCCUCUGAGUUUGACUGGCUGUUUGACUGCGCUCCCGAGAACCUUUACUUCUUGCGCUUUGUCUGCAAAUCUCUCAACCGCAGCAAUGUUCUCACCAAAGAGGAGGCUCAUGCUUUUCAGGAGCUUAAGAAAGCUGGCAGACCGAUUCUCGAUGAAGCAGCUUUGGGUGAGGUUCUUAAGACCGGUGGAACUUCAGGCGGGAGUGGUGUAAGCACCCUGGGGCAUUCUGUUUCAUCACCUUUGUUUGCAACAGAGGGAGUUGUGACUGUAGAAGAACUGGAGUUGGAGCUCCAGACACUUCACAAAGAGAAAGAAUUGAAGCAGCGGCGCUAUAACAAGUUGCAGGUUGUGGCCACUGCCCAUGCAGAUGUUGAACUGCGACUCGCAGCACAGCUAGAAAGUACCGCCUGUGAUCUAAAAGAGGCUAGUGCUUCUGUUGGAGCAGAGAAUGCUGACACCAACGCUUUAUUACAAAACCUAAUGGAUGAAGUGAGCAAGCUCGGUUCAUAUUUUCCAGUUCAGCCAGACACCAAACUCAAAGGAAAGGGAGAAGCUGCGGCGGUAUCAGAACCCGCUGUCCUCCUCUCUCAGCUGUCCUUGGAUUCUUACCUGAACCAGGAGGAGCUCAACACCAAAGCGCUCACCGCCUUCACUCGGAAGCAUUUCUUUCCAGGUAUCUCUGAUAUUGUUGAAACUUCAUGUUCUGAGCACUUUAAGCUCCUGGAUCUUAGUUCUCAUGAACCUGGAGAGGAAAGAGAGAAGGAACAGGUGGAGGGUGGAAGGAAAGAUCGGCUGGUGGAGCGCAGGAGGAGAGAGCUGGCCAGGCUCCAGUGUUCUCACAUUGUGGCUCGGCACCAACUGAUGCAGGCCGCAGCAGAGGAGAAGAGUAUCAGAGCUGGACUGAACUGGUUGUCGGACACACCCUCCCGUACUAAGAGCAUUUCCACCUCGUCUCUGCAUGCACGUGAGGCUGUUUCCAGGAAGGAGCUGCAGGUGGUGGAGGCUGAGCUGGUGGCGCUUGUCCAGGGACCAGUACCUGCUGCUCUCAGAGAGUCUGCCAAGCUCCUGAACAUGCCUGUUGUGAAGGGAGACUUGGCUCUGCAACUGGCCAGGCAGGAAUACUCUGCCUCCAUACAGGAUCAGGUACGUGACUACCUCCUGCGGCAGAAAGCUUCAUUUGAUCUGCUCCUGCUGGCUCAAGAGGUGGAGCUGAGGAGGUGGAGGAUGUGUUUGCAGAAGCUGGAAGAUCUUCACUGCAGAUUAGUAGAAGGGAAGGAGGCAGCAUCCAUGAGAAUGGAGACGCUGUCCCGGCCUGACUUGGCAAUCAACACUCGGCCCAGUCUGAUAAUCAGCUCACAGGAUGCCACCUUUAGCAGAUUGCUGCAGAUCCUUGACCGUGAGUUGGACCCCAGUCGAUCAGAGCCAUUUCGGACUUAUGAAGCAUUGGAUCAGGCUGCUCGCAACCUCACAGGUGACCUCCAGGCAAUCCGGGAUGCGGUAGCCGGAGCCAGCCACGAGCAGAUUUACACGGCUGCUCGUCUUAACAGUGAUUGCGAGGCGCUCCGCGGGGCGGCGUACACAGAGCUGCAGCAGCUGGUCUUGGGGCCGCAGGUACGUCCACCAGCUGUCUCUGCCCAGGAGCCGCUCUGCCCCGGUGCACAGGAGCUGACAGUCAAGCUUGUGGAAGCGGAGUCUCAGCUGCAGAGUCUGCAGCGCCUGAUGCAGGAAAUCGUCGCGGAGGUGAAAGCCAAACGGUCACAACUGGAGCGCAGCUCCCUCCUCAGGUGGGAGAGAGAACUGUAUAUCUACUUCCACUUGGAUGACCCGCUCCUGCAGAAAGUGGUGGAAGACCUGGAGGGCAAGAUGGCUGCUAAAAAGAGGGCGCAGCAGUUAUGAAACAUGUGGGC